AUGUCGGAACAGGUUAUGUAAGUCGGGCUUGAGCUCAUGGACUCGUACGAGCGAGGCGAGGAAUGGAUUUGUCGUACUGCAGUGUGACCUGCACCAUCGCACGGCCGGCUCACCCCACAUGCCGAGCGAGAAUCCUCGGCCCGUCCGGCGGCCGUCUACAAGCAUGAUCGUCUCCAACCGUGAACAACAACGACAGCUGACAGUCUCUAAUUCUAACAUUCAAAACCAGCCUUAACAAGUAUUCGCGCACUUUCACUCAAGAUGACAAGCAAGGCGCCGCCAAAGGUACGUCGACUGCAUUCGGGCUUGCGACUUGAAGCAUCUUCCGGAAGGCCCGGCGCGAACGACUGCCGUGGGUCCAAGGGCAAGGAGCUGACUCUACAACCCACCGGGGUCCUUUCAGCCAUGCUCUACGCCACGGGAAUGACCGACUCCCAGAUGGCCUUGCCUCAAAUUGGUAUCUCGUCCAUCUGGUUCGAGGGCAACCCUUGCAACGAUCAUCUGAGGGCCUUGGGGGAUAAGGUCCAAAAGGGGUGCGAAUUGGAGGGUCUCGUCGGUUUGCAACACUCGACCGUUGGUGUUUCGGAUGGUCAGGUAUGUCACAGAUAGAGCUUUCAAUGUGACCGGCUUUCAGCUUGGGUGCUGAUAUUCAUGUGAUUUCGAAUGUGCACAGACUCAGGGCAAUGCGGGGAUGAGCUACUCGCCGCCAAGUCGUGAUUUGAUUGCCGACUCAAUCGAAAUGAUCGUCAACGCACAACACUACGACGGCAAUAUUUCCAUUCCGGGAUGCGACAAGAACGUGAGUCGCCUGAACCACCCUUUCUGAACUGUUGUCUAGGUGGUAGGCCAUCGGUAACGAGGCGCGGCGCGCGUCCAGGGGCUCGAUUGGUUUUAAGGCAAUGGAUUAAACUUAGUGUCUGAGUGGAUUAUAUUCUUGCGCGUGGGCCUAUGCCUUCGAAAUGCGGACUCCCUUGUUUAGCUUUUCCUUUAAUCACUUGUUCCUCAACUAUCGGUUCUGACACUGCUGCGUAUCAUCCUACCGCUGCCACCUCUAUAGGUGGUGCACUUUUACUUCAGAACCCAUCCGUACCGGGCCCGACCGUCACUGACCCCUAACUAGCUCCCUCGACCCUUCAGAUGCCCGGCUGUCUGAUGGCCGCUGCGCGCCACAACAAGCCGACCCUCCUCAUCUACGGUGGAACAAUCGCCGCCGGAAAACGCCACAUUGACUGUCCUUCUAUGGGAGGCAAGAAGGGCGAAGACAUCACCCUUGGUGAUGCUUUCGAAUCUUAUGGCGCUUGGACAACGGGCAAGAUUACCAACGCUGAGAAGGACGAUGUCGUCAAGCAUGCCUGCCCCGGCGCUGGAGCUUGCGGUGGCAUGUUCACUGCCAACACGUGAGUGUUUCAAAGAAGCCGAAAGUGGUUUUGGGGACAACGACGCAUUCGACUAACGUUCUGUUCUCUGGUUUGCAUGCGCAGCAUGAGCACAGUCCUCGAAGUGCUCGGAAUGAGUCUUCCAUACUCGGCUUCGAUCCCGGCCGUGUACCCCGGUGCGUUCCAAAGUCCAUUGCACCGCGUCGAAACCUCCGGGAACCUACUAGAGCUGUAUCUGUUCAAACAGAGAAACAACAAGAGUGCCUCCGCGCCGCCAAGUACAUGCGGAACCUGCUCGCACUGGAUCUCAAGCCGCGCGACAUCAUGACCAAAAAUUCUUUCCUUAACGCCAUCACCAUGUGCAUGAUCAUCGGUGGAUCGACCAACUCGGUCUUGCAUCUGCUCGCCAUCGCUCGAUCGGCCUACAUCGAGCUGUCAACCGACGACUUUGUCACGAUUCAAGAGAAGACCCCUGUGCUGUGCGAUUUGAGCCGUCAGGUGCUUACGUCAUGGAGGACUUGCACAAGGUCGGAGGUAUUCCUUCAAUCUUGAAGUACUUGAUUGAUGGGAGUCAGAUGACGGUGACGGGAAAGACUUUGGCGCAAAAUGUUAAGGAUGCUGAGGAUCUCGACUUCGAGAACCAAGACGUGGUCAGGCCUUUGUCGAAGCCGGUCAAGGAGAAGGGGCAUUUGGUCAUUGUGAGUUCCGGGUCGGAUUGUUUCCUCCUAUCAAACCAAGGUUGAGAUCACUCACCACUUGCUUGUACUCGGCCUCUCACAGCUCAAAGGCAAGUUGGCCCCUAAUUCUGCCGUGUCCAAGAUCACGGGCAAGGAAGGCCUCCGAUUCCGCGGACCUGCGAUUUGCUUCGACGAUGAGGAUAGCUUCCAAGAGUCGCUCGCGAAGGGUGAUGACAAGGCCGGAAUGGCGGUCGUCUUGCGUUACCUCGGCCCUAAGGUGGCCCUGGAAUGCCCGAGAGUGAGUCGAUAACGUUCGGCUUCCGACAGGCGAUGCUAUUUCACUCAUGCCCUCUCGGUGUCGAAUCACAGUGUUGGGCCCGACGGGAGCAUUGAUGGGGCGGGACUUGGUGGCAAGACCUGCUUGUUGACCGAUGGCAGGUUCUCCGGUGCUUCGCGAGGUUUCAUAAUUGUAUGUCCCCACCCUUUGACGUGUCAAGGCGAUACACCUGUUGCGACUCAAGCUUACGCCGCCUCCUCUUCAAUUCUCUUAGGGACACAUCACGCCCGAAGCCGCUGUCGGGGGUCCAAUCGCCCUCGUUCACGAUGGGGACAUUAUCGCGAUCGAUGCCGUAUCACGCGAGAUCAGCCUCGAGGUUGAUGAAGCGACCUUGGCCGAGAGGAAGCUGGAAUGGAAGCCGCGCCCUCUCAAGCACAAGCGUGGUAUCUUAUACCGAUAUGCUAGGGUCAGUGCAGAUACGCUCUUGCAAGUAUGACAAGGCCUGGUGAGGAGCAAAUGCUGACGAGCGACUGUGUUUCGGCUUCGUUAAAGGAUGUCAAGGGGGCCGAUCAAGGUGCUUACACCGACUGA